GUAUGAUGAUCUAAAUAUAGUUUUUGAGAUUCAUUCUACAAGAAUGUAUUAUUCAAAAUCAAUGGGGAAAUAUUAAUGGUAUGAGUGAAAAAUAGUAUGCAUUUUAGGUUGUAUUAGAAUUGAUACGGUGCAGUAGAAGCGUGGUAUAGUAGAAGCGUAGAAGGUAUAUAUGAUUCAAUAUGUAUCGAUCGAUACGCAGGCAUUUUUUUAAAAGAAAUGAUGCUAUAACAAUGAAUAUGAAAACUUAACAGAAUUUUAGGGACGUUUAAAAUAGUAAUCAUCCCUUGUAUAUUAGACUGUCAAGUAGUUUAAUUACGGGCGAUACAGUUGGAAGCGCGUGAAAUAUCUGUAGCUCUUAACCGUCGUCUGUUGUCCUCCUCACAGAACAAACAAAGCAUUCUAGCCAGAAAAUUCAAAUCUCCCUUUAUUCACCGAAUCUCCACCGGCAGAAGCUUCAUUCUUGCUUUCUUCAAGAUGAUGCGUGUUCCUUUGUACUAAGAAUAAUUUUCUCUCUUAUUUCUUUGUAGCCAGCAUCAGGAACGUUCAUGACUUAGAUUGCAACAUGUUGAGGAUUGCAAUGGAUGAGCUUUCUCCGAGGUUCUCUGUUGACUCGCCGCGUAAAUCUGCUUCAUUGUCCAUUACCUCUUUCCUUAUCCAUGGAAUUUCUCGGAAAAGUUUUUCUUACACUCAACUUCCUGACCAGCCUCUCAAGCUUUCUGUUCGCAAAUUGGACGGCUCUUGCUUCGACAUUGAAGUUAUUAAGACGGCUACAAUUGCAGAACUCAAGGAGGCGGUGGAGGCUGUAUUUAGUCACAUGCCGAAAAAGGGACCAGUCAAGAUUUCAUGGCCGCAUGUUUGGGGACAUUUCUGCUUAUGCUUUGAAGGUCAGAAGUUAGUAACAGACACUGACUAUAUAAGAUAUUACGGCAUUAAAGAUGGUGAUCAGCUUCACUUUAUCCGCCAUCUCUCAGCCAUCUGUAAUAUGGUAAAGCUAAAAUCUAAGAAACAGGCAUCUACAUCAAAACAACGCAAUAUAUUAACAUCACAAUCAAGUAGCUAUAAAGCGAUUGAACAAGAAUCGAAAGACGAGGUUGACUAUGAUUGGGAUGAUACAGAGAACGGAAGGUACCAGCACUUUGACAACAAGGAUGAGACUUUUACUGGGCAGAAUGAAUCGAGACUGGCAAAUUUUGUGAGGGGAUGGUUCUCAUACUCCAGAUUGGUGAGCAUGGGAGGACAGAAAGGCAAGUGUUUUGCGUCAAGAUAUGCUUAUUGCAGUUUCAGAAAAAUUAUACAACUUCAUGACGGCGGUAACCACAAUUACCCAAGAGUCAAAAGUAGAGAGCAUUAGUGAUUGGCUAGACGCAUCAUUGGUACUGUUUGGCUAUGUUGGUAUUUUUUUGGUGUGAACUUUAGAAUUCCACCUGAGCAGCAUUCUUCCUCAAAAUACAUACUGCAUGCUACACAAGAAUGUAUUCUUGAAAAAAAUAUCGAUCACAGAUCAGAAAUAGUUAAUAUCAUGGGUUUUAGUGGGCUACAUGGUGAUGAAUUAUUCAAUACUUCAUCCCUGUAACGAGUACAACAGUUAAAAGUUUCAUUCUGUUAACUUUUUUUUGAAUGUGAGUUUAGGAUUCAUGUUCAUUGCCUUCA